CAAAGAAAGAAUCAAACAGAGGCACAAGCAGAAAGCACAAAGGCACGAGCACCUUUGUUAGGCAAAAACCUCCCAUGUUCCUUUCUCUCUCUCCAAUAUAAAGCUCCAUUCUUGACAACCUAUACACACAAAGCAUCUGUUUUAGUUUUUCCUCUUCUUUCUCUGACCCUGUAACCAAGAUUUGUUCAUAUAAAUUAAAAAAAAGGAAAAAGAGAAAAAAAACAGCUAAAAAUGGUGAAAUACCAAAGAAAAAACCUGUAUUUACAGUGGAAGAAGAACAAAGAGCACCUUGUUGAUGAAGAUGAAGAAUCUGGGACUGGCCCUUUUGGGUUAAUCUGCAAAAGCUCUGUUUUUAGCAGGAAAAUAGCAAAGCCCCAGUUUUUUUAUCUUGGUUGUCUCUCUCUGGCCUGUUGCUGCUUGUUCUUGGCAUCCAUGCUUUAUUCUUUUGGGGUUAGUGGAGAUUGCUUUGGUGCUGAGGCUGGUGAGAACGGUUUGCUCUGUUCAUCUGUUCCUAAUGGCACCAUCUGUUGUGACCGAACGAGCAUAAGAACAGACGUAUGCAUAAUGAAAGGCGACGUGCGAACCCACUCCCCAUCUUCCUCCAUCACUCUCUACGAAUCCAACGGCCCCGAUGAUCCCAUCCCCUCCAAAUCCGGUGGGCCCGAAUCCGGCCCAAUCCGCAGGGAGAAAAUCCGGCCCUACACUCGAAAAUGGGAAACCAGCGUGAUGGACACGGUCGGCGAAUUGGACCUCGUCGUCCGAAGAAAAUCGGGCCGGGCCCACCAUAAGUGUGACGUCAUCCACGAUGUCCCGGCCGUGUUCUUCUCUACCGGAGGGUACACCGGUAAUCUCUACCACGAGUUCAACGAUGGGAUUGUGCCUUUAUACAUCACCUCCCAAAAGUUCGACAAGAGGGUCGUUUUCGUCAUUCUCGAGUACCACAAUUGGUGGAUCACGAAGUACGGCGACAUUCUCUCUCAGCUCUCCGAUUUCCCGCCGGUCGAUUUUUAUGGCGACAAACGAGUCCAUUGCUUCCCGGAGGCCGUCGUCGGUUUACGAAUCCACGACGAGCUCACGAUCGACCCUCUCAAAAUCGAAGGCAAUAAAACGAUCGUCGAUUUUCACGAGCUUCUCGGCCGGGCCUAUUGGCCGCGCAUCAAGGGUUUGAUCGAAGACGAGGAGCGCGAGGCCCGGUCAAAGUCAAACACGUCGGUCAACACGCUGGCGACGAAAGUAGAAACCCGUGAUUUGACCAAACCGAAACUCGUGAUUGUUUCAAGAAACGGGUCGAGGGCAAUCACGAACGAGGGCGAGUUGGUUCGGGCCGCGGAGGAUAUCGGGUUCGAAGUCGAGGUCAUCCGGCCCGUAAAGACGACCGAGCUUGCAAAGACUUUUCGGGCCCUUAACUCAUGCGACGUUGUGGUUGGGGUCCAUGGGGCCGCCAUGGCCCACUUCCUCUUCAUGAACCCGGGCUCGGUUUUUAUACAAGUCGUGCCAUUGGGUACGGAUUGGGCUGCGGAGAAUUAUUACUCUGGGCCCGCCACGAAAUUUGGUUUGAAGUACAUUGGGUAUAAGAUCCACCCGAAGGAGAGCUCAUUGUACGACGAGUACAGUGAGAAAGACCCGGUUUUGAGCGACCCGGAUAGCAUCAACAGUAAAGGGUGGGAGUAUACGAAGAGGAUCUACUUAGACCGUCAAACCGUGAGGUUGGACCUUAGGAGGUUUGGGAAAAGGUUGCUUCGUGCGUAUUAUUACGUGUUGGCUCGGAAGAACGGCCGGCAUUUGGGUCACGGUUUGCAGUAAAUUUUCAUCGUUUUUUUUUUUUACUUUUUUUUGUUGUUGUUGUUGUAACAUAGUAACUGCAGAAGGAAGGAGAAGUUGCAAGAGAUUAGUAGUGUGUUUGAUCUGUACAAUGUUGGAGGACUUGAAAAAAAAAUAGACAAAAUAUACAAAUGAAUAAGAAUUUAUGUAGAUUAAUGGUGUGCAUAAUUGCAGAUAACAUGUGCAUACAUGCUUCAAAUGCGGCUUGAAAACGUCAACUUCUUUGAACUGUACUACAGAGGAUGUUUGCUUGUUUGGCCAAGAUAUCUUUAAAGGGAUAUAAUUGGGUUAAUUGAGAAAAAAGUCAAUGAUCUUUGAAUGUCACUUUCAG